UAAAAGGACAUGGGGGCGUCGCUUCGCAGUGUCACCAUGUCCCCGCUGUGCCCACUGCUGCUGGCCCUGGCCCUGGCCCUGGUGGCCGGACCCGGCGUCCGAGGCGCCUGCCCGGUGCCCGCCGACCUCAAGAGCGCCAACGGGACGCGCACGUGCGCCAAGCUCUACGACAAGAGCGACCCCUACUACGAGAACUGCUGCGGCGGCGCCGAGCUGGCGUUGCAGCCGGGCGCCGACCUGCCCUACCUGCCCUCUGACUGGACGAACGUCAUCUCGUCGCUCGUGGUGGGCCAGCGCUGCGAGCUCACCGUGUGGUCCAUUCGCGGCAAGGCCGGCAAGAAGCGCAAGUUCUCGGCCGGCACCUACCCGCGCCUGGAAGAGUACCGCCGCGGCAUCUUCGGGGACUGGUCCAACGCCAUCUCCGCGCUCUACUGCAGUUGCAACUGAUACCUUAGAGGUCUGUCACCUCCAUCCUCCACAAAUUGCUGAGGCCCUCACCUGGCCUUGUCCGUGGCAUCUGCUGAAGUCCCCAAGAUCCAAGAGAAGAGAGCUUUCUGCCUGCCCCCACCCUGCCUUCCUUGUAAUACAGCCCUUGUAAGUCA